UUUAAAUGUUGAUAAGAAAAAGAAAAAUCUGCUAUAAAAAAUACCCGCAUUUGCAUAAAUUCUUUUUUUAUUUGUUUUUGUUCUUUUAGAUUAUUUUUAUAAACGUUUCUCUGAAUACUUUUGCUUGCACUGCAGUCAAAUAGUAAAUGGUUAAGUUUAGAGAUACCUACUCUCGAGUAAAUUCUUAUUUAGCUUAUCUCUAAUAAGCUAAUCAAAAUUGUCUGCUUCUGCUUCAUUAAUUUUCUUAUUAUUGAACCUAAUUACAAUAUUUUAUUUUUCCUCUCAUAAAUAUCUAUGUCGAGAAUUGAGGAUUUUUCAGAGAUGAGAUGAAGAUACUCAAUUACUCUCUUCUUCUCAGUAAAUCUUUUAGCUUUUAACAGAGAUAUAGAGAAUUUUUAAAUUAAAUUUCAAUCUUAGUGCUCAAAAUCUAUCUGAGAAAACGAUCGUGCCCGCUGUGAUCUUGCUUAAUAGAGAUACAUUUUGCAGUUAGGUCGAACAUAUUUGAAAUUAUUCAACCCCAAGCACUCAGUCUCGUGGUCUUUAAUCGUUAAGUUCUUCAAGAAAAUAUAUUUAUUAAACACCCCUCAGAGACUUUAGACCCAGAAUAUAAAAAAAAGCUAAAAACUGCUUGUGUUUAUUUUCUUUGAUUUUUUCUUCUUCAACCGGAAGAUCUACACCGAAGAUCUUUCAAAGAAGUUAGAUCCGCAUUUUGUAGAUACUUUUUUGUUUAGUUUUAUUUUUUCUGUAUUUUGUUUGUCUUGCGGGUCAAUCUUAUCAUGGAAUGUGCUACCAGUGAUUUGUUUAGAUUAAUGACGUUAUUAAUGUCGCUUGUAUUGGCUACAACAGCAGCCGGUGGAGGAAGAGAUCCCAGUCUUCCCCAUAAUGUGUGCAGCAAAGAGAUAACAAUUCAAGGUGAUCAAAUAUUUACGUGGAAACAUUCGAAAGCUAGCGAAACAGAUUUUGUAAUAUCUGAGCCAGCUUGUUUACAAAAAAAUGGCACAAUUAUUUUGCGAAAGUGUGCUGCGGCAACUGGCGAAUGGAUACCAAAAAACUCUCCAAAAUGUGAUCAUGCACCGGAGAGUUUUUCCCCCGAUCAUCAUGUUUGCCCGGAAGAUCUAAUCGAAAUACCCACUCGCAGAGGUUCAAAACCUUUAUGUGUCAAAAUAUCCGAUGAAACUGUUGCAUGGAGUGAUCGUUUGUGUUUAGGAUCCGAUGCAACGAUUUUUGAUUUAAAUGAUCACGAACGUGAUGCGAUCUAUCAGUAUCUACGAUCACAUGAGCAUAUCAAAGCCUUUUGGAUACCUGUACAAAGAGCCGAUGGAAAUAGAUAUAAUCCACUGAUAUGGAAGCUACCUGGCCGAGAAUGGGGUGAUCAUUUUACAAAAGUCGAAUACAAUGAGCUUUCUGAUAAGAGCUGUUUAAUUGCCACCGUUAAUCCAAUACCUGUUUUCGAAAUGAGUCAUUGUCGUGAACGACAUCAUUCGGUAUGUGUAUUUAAGCGUAAAAAUCUAGCUAUAAAAUCUGUUUGUCCUAUAAAUUAUGGUGCACUGAGCUAUAAGCCAAACAUCUGCUAUGGCAUCGAGUGGGAUGUCGAACCACAUCAAGGUGCCAGGCAAUUGAGUACUGGGGAGUACUUUGGCAACCGCAAUGCCAUACGUCAGAUCUUCAAUAUGAUUGACUAUGACGAAGAUGAAUAUUUUUUACUUAGUCCAGCACAUAUUGAUGGGGUAAGAUAUAAUUUAUUGAUGAAUAUUAAGGAGAAAUUGAAAAUUGGACUUGGUUAUCGAUCGGUUAGAUAUUUGGGUAUGGAGGUGAUAAGUGAUCAGGGUGCGAUGGUUGAGAUGUUUUUGAAAUUUGAUCCCGAAAUGGAUGGGAUUGUGCUGACAGUUUAUAAUCGGAAUUCUAUUUGGAGAUUAGAUGAGAAAGAUUAUGGAAUAAAAUGCUUCACUAAUGCUGAUUAUGAAGCUAUACGAUCGGUGAAGAUCAAAGAUAUUAUUUGGGAAAAUCCCGAUCAGACGAAAACAAUGUUCGAAUUGAAACUUUAUGGUGAUGGUCCAGGUUAUUAUUGGUGUGAAGCACAUUCAGCUUAUAAUUUUACUUUGUUGCGAUCGAAGAAGAUCAUUGCUGCAAGGAAGCAUAAAGGACACAUAUUUGCCUUGUUCUUCGAUAUGCCUUGUGAAGGGCAGAAAUGUCAAGAAGUUCAUGGAAAUAUGAAGGAAUUUGGUAAACAAGCUGAAAAAACUAUGAAAAAUCUCAUGGAUAUCCGAAGUGAAAGGGAUGUCUUCAAAGAAUUGAAGAUUAAUAGUGUAAGAGUGAUGAAUAUCGAAUGGAUUGAUGAGAAUCUUCAAAGUAUUUCGGUUCUGUGUCAUGUUUCAGCUUCAUUAAAGAACUCAGCUGUUGAUGAUAGUGAUGAAGUGAGUAGUGAAGAAGAUGACGAAGAAGAAGAUAAUCGAGGAAUCCGACAUGAUACAUCGGUUCGUAUGACAAUUCGGAAUCUUCUAAGUGAUUUAUUAAAAUUGCACAAUUCAACUAGUUUUGCGGUGAAUAGUACAGAAUUUUGUUUCCCUGAACUUCUUCCAGAUAACUCGAAGAAUCAAUGGACAACAGCUACUCUGGGAGAAACUUCGACAACUAAAGAAUUGUGUCUUCAACCGAAUGGUCUUCCAAUAGCUCGACGAUGUGUAGGAGAUUUCCUCUAUGGAGCAAUGUGGGAAAAAGUUGCUAGCAAACAAGUAAAAUGUAUUCAAAAAAUUCCUUCAAAAUUGAUUACAAGUCAUUUGUAUGAAAUCGAUCAUUCAAAAAGAUCCAAUAAAGAUCCCGAAAGAGCAAUGAAAGAUAUCAAAUCUAUCAUCCGAAAAAAUGUGAAACAUCUAAUUCCAGCUGAUCUUUUCUACUUGGGUAGAAUUUUACGAAGUAUUUCUUCAAAAGUAAUAGCUCUUAGAUCAAUGGUGAAUACAACUGCUAGCGGACCAUUAUCAUUGUCAACACAAAGCCUAGAAAGUUUAACAAAAGCUACAACAAGUGAUAUUAUAAGCAUUUACAAUUAUUUAAUGAAAGUCAAUGUAGAUGUUAUAAAACCAUCAAUUAGAUUGAAUUCAACAAACAUCCUGCUUGACGCAUUCGAGAGGCUAAUUGAUGAGGUUUCAACAGCACCCCAUCAGACCACGGUGACAGGCACGAGUAGUGAUAACAAUGAUGAUCAUCAUCAUGAAGAUCAUCAUUCUGUUGGUAUAGUUGAAAUGAGGGAUGAUGAAAAUGAAUUAAUUGAGAGCAUUAACUUUGAUGAUGGGGUUGUAGUUCGAAUAACACCAAAGUUGAUUGUGUUCGUUAUAGAUCCAAAUGUUGCUAAUAUCACUGGAUUGGCAUUAUACAAGUCUAAGUCCGAUAAAGCUAUUUAUCGAGGUAUAUUUGAAGAUAAUAAUUAUAGAUUUCUUCAUUCGAAUCAGUCGAUUGAGGAAUUACUUGAAGAAGAUGAUCUUCAAUUGGCUACAUUUGUUCCAGAAAUUUUACUCGAACGUUUGGAUGAGAUUUCAAGUUUGGCAAAGAAUCUUACUGCUGCCGAUCAUCCAGAUCCACGAAUUGUGAUCAAGAUUUUUACAAAUGAUAAACUUUUUCAAGAAGAUCUUGAUAUAACCGAUAAGAAAGUUUACAGCAAGAUCGUUUCGGUGUCAAUUCCUGGACAUGAUCGUGAUCUUCCAGAGUUACUUCCAUUGAUCAUGAGGACACCUUCGGACAAUAAUAAUGAAACUGAAGCAAGUUGUCGAUAUUGGGACUAUAACACUUGGGCUAAAGACGGACUGGUGUUUUUGGGAAGAUCACAAAGUGACAAUAAUUUGGUUUGGUGUGGAUGUUCGCAUUUAACCCCGUUUGCCCUUCUUAUCGGGGGUUAUUAUAACUUGACAGUUUCUUCUGAUAUUGUGGUGAUCACAGAUAUUCAUCGAGAGGCUUUGGAUAUCAUCACUCUUAUGGGUUGUUCCUUGUCAUUGAUUGGAAUUAUUGGAAUCUUCAUAACAGCUGUUACCUUUCAAACAUGGCGGGAAAAGGCUUCUUCAAAAGUUCUUCUUCAAUUAUCUCUGGCUAUUGCUCUUCAGAUGGUUCUGUUUUGCUUCGUGAACACUGAAGAUUACACUUCUCACCUUAUCGAAAAUCAUAUAUUUUCAAGUUGUGUGGCUUUGGGAGCUUGUUUGCAGUAUUCGGUGUUGGUUCAAUUCUGCUGGAUGAUGAUCAUUGCCUAUCUUCAAUUCAAACGAUAUGUCAAAGUCUUUGGAAACAGUCGACCUAAACGAUUUUUUAUCAAAUCAUUCUGCAUUGGCUGGGGAGUUCCCUUAAUUCCUGUGCUAUUGGUGGUUUUACUAGAUCGGCAGUCAUACAUUCCACGUGAAAGUUCUGGAUCGGCGAUUUGUUACCCCACCGGAAGAUCCCUUUAUUUGGGGAUAUGUCUACCAGUUGCCUCGGUGAUUGUUGGUAAUCUUGUAAUCUUCAUUGCAGUCAUCUAUAAUAUAGUUCAUGGUCCGGAUAUAUCUAUCAGACACAAUGAUAAAAGAAUGGCAAUAUCACAAAUCAGACUUUCAGUCUUAUUAUUCUUUCUUCUUGGAUUCACUUGGAUAUUUGGUCUUUUAACAGCCAUGAAGGCAGGAAUAAUAUUUUCGUAUUUAUUUUCAAUUACUGCAACUAUACAAGGUUUUGUAUUAUUUGUGUAUUUUAUACUUUUGGAUCCAGUUACUAGAAGUAUGUGGACAGGUUAUUUGGGUAGAAUUUGUGGAGUCAAAAAUGAUAAGAAUUCGAAGGAAUUCACUACUUCAAUGUCGUAAAUUUUAUUAUAAUUAUUAUAACCAUAAUCCCAAAGUAGAGUAUUAUUUAUCUAUUAUGUUAUAUUUUUGCCAUAACUUACUGUACAGGGAAAGGCCAUUUAUUUUUUGUUUUAGUUUUAAGAAUCUCAUAAUUAAUGUUAAAAAAAAAAAUGUACUUAGUAUUUAUCUAUUUAUUUUUAUGGAAUAUAUAAGAAU